AUGGCGUCUGCUGCUCUAGGAGAUGAGAUGAGCUGCUCCAUCUGCCUGAACCUUUAUACAGAGCCGGUGUCCCUGAGGUGUGGACACAACUUCUGCCAGGGCUGCAUUGUGACUGCUCUGGAUACACAGGAGGGGUCUGGAGUUUAUACCUGUCCGGAGUGCAGAGAGGAGUCUGUGGAACUUCCUACAAUGGAGAAGAACAGGAAGUUGUGUAACAUUGUGGAAAAUUUUAGAUCUACACAAGUAAAAGAGGAGAAGAGUGAGAUCUUCUGUACGUAUUGUGUGGAUUCUCCAGCAGCAGCCAUUAAGACUUGUGUGCAGUGUGAGACCUCUAUGUGUGAUAAGCACCUGACAGCCCACAACAAGGCAGUGGACCAUGUGUUGAUGGAACCCACCAUGUCCUUCAGUAGUAAAAAAUGUUCCAUCCACAAAAAGCUUCUGGAGUAUUACUGCUCCGAGGAUGCCGUCUGCCUAUGUGUGUCCUGCUGUCUGGUGGGGAAACAUAAAGGGCAUGAAGUGGAACUUCUGGAAGAUGCUUUUGAGAAGAAGAAGGAGAAGCUGAGAGGUGUCCUAGGAAAACUGACUAUGAAGAGAGAGGCAACUGAACAGAAAAUUCUAAAUCUACAGGACCACACGAGGGAAGUCCAAACAAAAGAAGAUGAUGAGAAGAAGAGAGUCACCGCCCUGUUUGAGGAUUUCAGGAGACAGCUGGAGGUCCAGGAGCAGAAAGUCCUGAGUGAGAUCUCCAGGCACAGGGAGGAGAUCUCACUGUCGGUCAUUGAUCUUACCAAACAGUUGGAGAUACAGAAGGAUGAGUUGUACAGGAAAAUUUGUCACAUUGAGAAGAUAUGUAACAUGACCGACCCAAUAACUGCUCUACAAGAUCCGGGAUCAGAUACUGAUGAAGUCCUACAAGAUCAGGUCUCAGAUACCGACAAAGUCCUACAAGCUCAGGUCUCAGAUACCGACAAAUUCUUACAAGAUCAGGUCUCAGAUACCGACAAAGUCCUACAAGAUCAGGUCUCAGAUACCGACAAAGUCCUACAAGCUCAGGUCUCAGAUACCGACAAAGUCCUACAAGAUCAGGUCUCAGAUUCUGUUGAAGUCCUACAAGAUCUGGGAUCAGACACAGGUGACCGGAAUGUGGAGGGAGCUUCUGUGCGUGAUCUGGAUGAUUUCAUGAUCUCACUUGUGCUGCAUAAAUCUAUAACAGCUCUUAUCACUAAUAUGCAAUUAAAAUGCAACUUCUGUAUCCAGGAUUCACCGGAUCUGCUACUGGAUGAAAAAACUGCCCAUAGAGCUGUGACUUUAUCCGAUGACCUGAGAACAGCGUCCUACUCUGAAAUAUAUAAGAAAAAAGCAAAAUUACCAGAGAGAUUUACAAAAAAUGAGCAGGUGAUGAGUAUGGAGAGCUUUUCCCAUGGGAGACAUUACUGGGAAGUAGAGGUCAGUGACUGUGGGGACUGGGAGGUGGGUGUUUGCUAUCCCAGUAUAGAGAGAGGAGGAGAGGAGUCUUGUAUUGGGUGUAACAACAAGUCCUGGAGUUUCUGUACAUAUGAAAACAGUUAUAAAGCUAUGCAUGACUCUCAAUCACAGGAGGGACAACCGGUUGCUAGGAGACAGGAACACGCUGAGCGGAUCGGUGGGGGCGGCUGCAGCGAGAGGCUCUCUCGGCUGUUUCCCGUAAAGGACCGGAGAAGUUCUGCGGGGAGCGAGGGAUGGUGA